CUCCCUCUCCACUGCUCCUUCAGCUCCAGUCUCUGUUUCGGCUCCCAGAGGAACAACAUGAUGCAGGUCGUCGUGUUCUGCUGCAGCGUUUUAUCUUUGCAACUCUUCCUCUGCUCUCACGGUGUGCCGGUGUUUGAGGGCAGGACUGUCAAACAUCUGCAGGAAAAGCCUCACAGCAACAGCCAUGUCGUCUUAAAGAAGAGAGGCAGACACAGGCAGGAUGCUCUAAACCAAGAGGUCAAUUCAAAGUCUUCUCUGGUGUCCAGAAAUGAGACAGAGUUCUGGAAUCGUCCUCGGUGUGGAGUCCCAGACUAUCCAAAAGUAACACCCCUCGACGCAUCAAACCACAGCAGGAAGAGGAGCAGAAAGCAGCGCGGGAAACGAUUCGCUCUAUUUGGAGGACGCUGGGACAAAUUUGAUCUCACUUACAGGAUUCUUCGUUUUCCAUGGCAGAUGAGUGAAGACAAAGUUCGGGACGUCUUAAAAGAGGCCUUUGAAGUUUGGGGCGCAGUAACUCCUCUGACACUCAGAGAGGUUGUUAAUGAGAGAGCAGACAUCAUCAUUGACUUUAACAGGUACUGGCAUGGUGAUGACUUACCGUUCGACGGUCCUGGAGGAAUACUGGCCCAUGCUUUCUUUCCCCGAACUCUCAAAGAGGGCGAAGUCCACUUCGACUAUGAUGAACUUUGGACUGUCGGGAAUAGUGUUGGGACUGAUCUCCUCCAGGUUGCAGCUCAUGAGUUCGGCCAUGUUCUGGGCCUGCAGCACUCCUUGGAGCCCGAUGCCGUCAUGAGUCCUUUCUACAGUGAUUCCUACCCUUUGAAGCUCAGUGAAGACGAUAAGAGGGGGAUCCAGUAUCUAUAUGGACCUCCUCGGUACACACCGCCAGAUAUAACAGAGACCAAUGAGAUAGAGACUGAACUGCUGGAUGCCUGUAGAACAAGCUUUGAUGCUGUGUCCAUGAUCAGGGGAGAGCUGUUUUUCUUCAAGUCUCGAUACGUUUGGCGUAUCCGUGACGGACGUCUACAGGGUGGCUAUCCAGCCUUGUCUUCACGCCACUGGAGCGGUAUCCCUGACUACAUUGAUGCAGCCUAUGAAGAUAAGUCUGGCAACAUCUGGUUUUUCCAAGGCGACAAAUACUGGGUGUUUGAUGCUGAGAGGAAGAUAUCUGGACCAGUGUCUUUGGUACAGCUGGGUCUUCCUGUGACAGACAUCAAUGCAGCUCUGAGGUGGGAGCAGAACCAAAUGGAGAAGAUUUUCCUCUUCAAGUCUUCCUUCUACUGGCCCUUCAACACUCAGGAGAAUAGGGUGAAUGAUCUCCAUCCUCGCAGCAUGCAUGAGUGGACUGGACUACCCAGUCACAUCGAUGCAGCCUUUCUGGACAAUUAUGGUUAUGCUAACUUCCUGAGUGGACUGUACUAUUGGAAGUUUGAUCCGGUGUCACUGAAGGUGCUGGAAGGCUACCCUCGUAGAAUCGGGAUGGACUUCUUUGGCUGCUCUGAAUCUAGUUAAAUCCAUCAAAUCAUAAAAUUGAAAUCAUCCAUCGGCUUACUGCUAAAAAUCACACUGCUCAAAUUUUCACCACAGAUAAAACAGGACAGAGUCUCUCUUUGUAGCAAACAUCUAUAGUCUUACCGUGAAUUGUUUGGACUGAUCCUUCAUUUUCAGAUCGGUUCUGAUGCAGGUCAGGGAAACUGCAUAACGCCAUGGCAACAAAAUGCCAUUCGCAGUUGGCUGUUUGAGCCCACAUCACAUAUCUUGUUCCUCACCUUGGCCCUAAACGCUGUACAUUGUUAGCCUUUAGCAGGAAGGUUUGUUCUGUGUUUAGUGUCAUAAAAGCAGCGGGACUGGGUCUGAUUAUUCAUGGUGCUAUUUAAGGUCAAACUAGAACCUCAUUCUACUUAAUUCAGCUAAACUGUUCUCUCUACAGCUCUUGUUUAAGUCCUUUUUGGUCCUCAGAGGCUGAUCUUAUUCCAUCAUUCACAAGAUUGUUACGACUCAUUUAUGUUUGUUUUAUAGAUUCUUCUUCAUUCCUGAAGAACAGACAUUUUAUAUAUAUAUAUUUUCCUAUUCAUUUCAAUUUGUUUUCAUAUUUAAGGUGAUUUAUUCUCAAUCAGUGCUGGACGCUGAUGCUUGCUUUGACCAGUAUAACAUGCUGGUCAUAAACCAGUGAUCUGGUGUUAUGGUUCUGUUCUCUGUCAGCAUCUUCUCAUGGCUUUAUGUUUAACUGCGGAUACAGAAAAACAUGAACUGGUCCCAUAAUUUCUAGCAAGCCUGGUUGGUUCGGUCUACAGAACCGGCCCAAAAGAAGCAUGAUUUAUUUUACUGGGGUCCAUUUUUUUAAUGGUGAGCUUUUAAGCCAUGUUAGUCUUUUAGGUGGUGUUGAAUGAUUUGUUCAGCCUCUGGACUAAGAUUUAAGAAUUGUACAAAUUUGGUUCAGCAGCCCAUGACUUAAAAAUAUAUAUACUUUUUUUUUAAAACAGAAAAAUAAAUCCUGAUAUUACAAGAUUAAAGUUGUGAUAUUAAAUCAGUGAAAGUGCACUGAUUUAAUAGCAGUAUAGCAGUAAAAGCAGUCAAUAUUUAAUGCACCUCACUGUGACAGUGGGGUGGAGGUUUGACAGGACCCAAAUGCAGAUACA